AUGCGCUUGCGUCGCUUCACAACAGAAGCGGCGCAGAGUGACUACUUUCAGUUUUUUAAGACGCUUAUCCUUUACCGACUGACCGAGGGGCUCGGCAGGAAGCCAGGGCAGACGGCAGCGCGGACGCGCACCCCACUCCUCCCCACUGCGAGCGCUGCCUCCCGCGCUCGGCACCGGCCAGCCAUCCCCGGCGGAGGCUCCAGCCCGCUCCCAAACUCACGUGGUGCAACAGCCAAAGGUUACACGCACCGCCGGGACGAGGAUGACACCGCCGUUAGAGGCGCUUCCCACCGCGGAGCGGCCCCGCGCGGGGACGGGCUCACCCGCGGCGAAACGCCCGCCAGGGCUUCGCUCUCCCGGCCCCCGAACUGCGUACGACUCAGCCGCGGUCAAAAACACCGCCCUGGGGGCACGGCGGGCGGGCGAGGCUGCGCGGGUGCCGGGCUCCCAGCCCCCGCGGGGCGGCGAAGUGCCCGGGAUGUCGGUGUCGUGCUGCCGCAGCGGGCUAAUCCCGGCUACUUAACCCGGCGGGCGGCGGGGGCUGAGCACCACCUUAAUCCACGACGUGAGCGCGCCCGCCCGCCAGGAGCUUGCAGGGCCGCGGCGUGCCGGCCGUGUCCAGCCGCCACGUCGGGGUCCCCGACGGUGUGGCUGUGCGCUCCCGCGGCGGCUCAGCCCCGCAUCCGCUGCCCUCAAGGUCACGCCGUGCCCCGGCUGCACGGAGGCGGCCAGGUGCACGCUCCGGUUACCUGCGGAGAACCGGCGAAAGCCCAGGAGCGCGGCGCGCAGCCCCUCCGGCCGCGCCGCCCCCCCGAGCGAGCCCGGCCACGGCUCGCAGCCCCGCGGCGCGAGCGGAGCAACGCUGCACCUGCCGCCGCGCUGUUGCCCGGUCUGUCGGCCAGCCGGGAGGAGAGCCGCCCCGAGCCGCCGCCGCGCUUACCUCCGCGCCGUGGGGCCGACACAGCCGCCGGUCGGGGGCCAGGACGAGGCGCCCGUAAACCUGACGCCGCCCGCUCGUUCGCUCGCCGAGCGCACAAGGUCCCCGCGCUCCCCGCCCUGCCCACGGCCGGCCGGCCCCGCCGCGCCGCCCCCGCCCUGCGGCCGCGCGAGGAGGGCGGGAGAGGGGGCGGGGGGGAAUCAGCGAUUCGCCCUCCUCGCGGGCGCUCCCACCGUCGCCGCCGCCGCUCCCCGGGGCCCGCCCGCCUCCUUUCCCCCGCACGCACCGGGCAGCGCCGAGCGCGCCGCCGAGCCCCUGCGCCGCAGAGCAACCGCUACAGGAGCCGGGCGCCACCGGGCAGGGCGGGGCGGGGCGGGGCGGAGCGCAGCGAUCCGCCCGCCUCCCGCCUCCGCCCGCCCGCCGCAGUCACUCACUUGCCCGCGCCCGCCGCCCCCUCCUCUCCCGGCGCCGCGGCCGCCGGUCCCCGCCGCCUCCCUCGCCGCCUGCGGAGCGCGGGCCACGUGACGGGGCCCCUCUGUCGGCCGAGGAAGGGGGGUCUCGACGUGCGGAGUCUUCAAUGGGGGAGGUGGAGGCGGGGCCCCGGUAGGCACGGCGCCCGCGGAGGCGGAGCCCCGCGCCGCUGCCCGCCCGCCGCCGCCGCCGCCACUGGCGGGCGGGAGGCUGACGCGCUUGUUUCCAUGACGUCGGCGGGCGGGGCCGCGGCGUUUGAUGGAGCCCGGCGGGCUUCGGGGGUCGGUGACUUUGCCACGAGCGGCUCCCGCGGGGCGGGGCGGGGGCGGGGCGAGGCGGGCCCUGGUGUCGCGUCCCUCCGCCCGUGGGUCGCGAGCCGCCGCCAGCGGGGACGCGGGCCGCCUCGAAGGGGCGGGGAUCCCCCGGCGGCGGGAGAGGCCGCGGUCCCACGAGGGAGGGGCGGCCACCGUCCGGACCGGGGCGCGUCUGUUGCCCUGGUGGGCGGGGGCCGUGCCCGGUGCCGGAGCCGUCCCGGGGGCGGGGGCGGUGCCGUCGCGGGAGGCGCCCUAAGGGACCGCCGGGUGCCCGGGGCGCGGUCCUCCCCUGCCCCAGGGGGCGCGGGGGCGCCUUGCCGUGCCGUGCCGUGCCGUGCCGUGCCGUGCCCGCCGGGGCAGGGGCGGUGUCGCCCCACGGCCUCCCCCUCCCGAGAGCAGCCGGUGGGAGCCGCGUUGGCGGCUCCUGAGCAGCGGGCGCGGGGAGCACGGCGGAGCCUGGGCGAGGCUCCGUUCUGUCUGCCGGGCUGCGCUGCAGCAGGAGGUCCCUGUUGCGUGGGGCCGCUGGCGGGUCCGGAGGGGCAGGAACCAGCGUGUCGCUCGCUGCCGGCCGUGGGGAUUAGGGAGCUCCGGAUCCAGCCUCCCGUCAGGCGUGUCUGCCUCUCGGGGAACCCUGGCAGCUCCCCCAGGAGAACGGGGAACGUGUAG